GACUUACCGUUGGGAGAACAGUUGGUCACGUGACUCGCCGGAAUAAACAUGAUAUUUGAGUAUGUGUAGUUUUUAAUGAUUUUUUGGUUGUAUUAUCUGGAUUGAAGAGGUCUCUGUGCCCUUUGGCCGUCCUGAGUCAUCGUGGGAACAUUUUGAGUGGAAAAUCACAUCGUGUCAUCGCCUGGCUACCAAAGUUCGUUCCAUUCAAAUUCGGCCGCACUUCUUGCCGAACGAAAUGGGAAGGUCAAAGCUGAAGAAGAAGCUGAAGCUGGAAGAGUCAGGAGAAAGAUCGACCGAUACGGAAAGUACUACGAUACCGAUAAAGAAUUUGCCAGAAAAAUUUAUCUGCAUGCAUGUGAAGAGCGGCACCAAGAUUAGAAAUGUCCUUGGCUACGCGUUGAAAGAAUUUCCUAAUUAUAACAGCGUCGUCUGGACCGGAGUCGGGCAAGCCAUUGGGAAAACUAUAUCAUGCGUAGAGCUCUUCAAGAGGAAACACGAGGGUCUUCACCAAGUCACCAAGUUGCGUUAUACCAAGAGGUCGAAAAAAUCGAAGGAGAACGUAACCGACGAAAUUCAUCAAGUGCCGGAAAUUCACAUCUUGUUAACUAAAAAUAUUAAAGACACAACCGAGCUUGGGUACCAAGCGCCUGGAGAUUGUGCGAAUUUUUCAGAAGAAAAAGAUGCAGUGAAUUCGAAAGCAAGCAUUAAAGUAGAAGGCGUAAACUAUUAUGCGCCUCGCAACGAUAUGAAGCAAUUCGCUGCGAUGGGAUUGAAAAUCAAACAGAAAAGGCCGAGAGAUACGCAAGCGGAAUCAUUUUCAAAGAAAAAUAAGAAAAUCAAAUCUUGAUGGAAUAGUCUUCAACAGUACGUUGAACAGUAUAUCUUGAACAGUACGUUAAUAACAGUAGAUUAGGAAAUGUAGUAUUUCUUUGGAUAGUACGUUUCUCUUCAAAGAGAGCGUGUAAUAAGAUUUACAUGUGCUAAAAAGAUAGGCUUUACUAGAGGAGAAUUUAUCAACUUUAUGGCAUUAAAUUUUAAUGAUUUUCAGCUAUCAAAGAUCUCUUGAAAUUUGAUACGUGUAAAAGUGUAUAACAAAAAUUUAACUUACGGAAAUUGUAACGGAAUUGUAACUUACAAAUUUUAUAUAUUGUUACUGUUUUGUUACUAAUAAACACAUAAGCACUAUAAGCAUUAUAAGCACAUAAUAUAAUAGUAAAAUAUACUAUUAUACAUAAAUACUUAUAUAUAAGUAUAAUAGUGGAAAAAGGGGAGAGGAGAUGUUGAAAAUCAAGUUAUAUGUAGAAAUUUUAUUCUCUAUCAAUACAUAGAUAUUUGUUACAUAAUAUAAUCACACGUCAUAUACAUAUUAUGUUAUUGUUAUUUCGACACGCGACUCGACGUAUUUAUCGAUACUUUAUCUCGAGUUUCCACUUCUUCGUAUUUACAAGAGUUCUAUGUACAGUAUUACAAUAUCCUUCCCGUCUCUCUCGCGCAUUUCGGAUACGAAAAGGGACGCGUGGAUGCUCGAGACGCGCGAUUUACAAGUGCCAAAAAUCGGCCGGAAAUUAUCUCAUUGCCGGAAGUGUAUUAGGGCAGUACAACUUUCGUGUCCCAUGUAUACGCCGAUGUGUGAAUUACGAGUUGAUUUAUUGUGCCGUGAUUAACUCGUAACUACUGCACCUUUCGAUAAAAUCAUAGAAAGAUCUCGCGACGAAAGUACGCGUGUGCGCGUGUGUGUAUUCAUGUGAACACAGUUUCGAUAGGAUGAAAACGUUACAACGAACACGCAGUCGAUAUCGUCGCUCGUCACGGUAUUAUUUUCUGUUCACUGCCAUAAAAUCGGAUCUUGCAAACGCUACUUCUCUUAAUUAUGGAACCGCUUUUCUUACAAACGCUCGCUUACACGUCGUCUUACACUGAAACUACGUCAUCCGUUUAAAAAAGGAGAAGAAACGACGCUCGUGCUCACGCUAAUAAGUUCAUUAGCGACAGCUUAUUAUAGUCUACCUUUAUGUCUAAUAUGUAAAACGGAACGAUCUGUCCCAAAGUCUUCCGUAGUGAAGUACGAAAUUUCGUCGACAACGCGCGGGAUAGUAAAGCCUGGCAUCCUGCUCAAUUCAUAUUGCUGUACUGGAUAUACAAACAUAUACACACACAGAUAUAUAUAUAUAUAUAUAUAUAUAUAUAUAUAUAUAUAUAUAUAUAUAUAUAUAU